AUGGACGAAACACCCACAGGCCUUUUCGACGCCUACCACGGAGAUUUCGAACAUAUCAUCCAAGGUGUUAAGAAUAAAUUAGACAAAGAGGUUUUAGAGCAAUAUGGAGAACAAAGAAAAGCAACCUUGCGAAGGGUAGAAAUCGAACUAGACGAAGCUGAUGAUCUGGUAUCUCAACUCGAAAUCGAAGUUCAAGGAAUCCCAGCUUCCAUACGUCCACAAUAUGCAGCUCGGCUUAAACAGUCCAAAAUCGACAUGAACAGGUUAAAACGAGUUGCGAAGGAUAUGCAUGCCAAAGUCUCUCGGGGAGAGCUUCUUGGCCCUGGUGGAAGUUUUGCAAGGUCAGACGACCCCUACGACGACGAACGAACGACGUUACUGGCUGGCACGCACAUCUUGACUGAUGGAAGUAGACGGCUUGAUAAUGCGACGAGGAUAGCGUUGGAAACGGAAACUUUGGGUGCGGAUAUUUUGAGGAAUUUGGCGGAGGAUAGGGAGAGGAUUGAGAAUUCGAGAGAUACGCUUCAAAGAGCAGAUACGUCUAUCGACCGUGCCUCUAAAACUCUCAAGAAUAUGAUUCGGCAGAUGUACAAGCAACGCUUCAUACUCAGCGGCCUCGGAGUCGUGCUGGUCAUCGUUGUGCUUGUCAUAUUGUACUUCAAACUCAUUCGUCACUGA